GCGAGAGUCGCGACUCGGAGAGCAGUUGGCAACGGGUUUUCAUCGAAUGCGGCCACGGAAAAUGCAGAACUGAAAAGAAAGACUACCAAAGAAAGCAAAAGAAAACGCAUUGUGAUCCGUGCAACGAACUUACUCAAUAAAAAGAUCAAGAGAGAAGAAAACUUCAUCAAUUUCAAAUGAAGUUCCAAAUAACAGUUAAUCAAUGAUGAUCUAGUGAAUGAAAUGCUUAACAAAUGAUAUAGAUUCAUGUAUAUUUAUGCAUAUGUAUGUGUGUUUUGCUGAACUGUCGGUUUAUGUUAUUUUAUAUAAGAGCCAACGAGCAUUAUUUUUAAUUUCGCUGUUGAUAAUAUGCAAAUGUGUAGGCAAAAGAAUAGAAAAGAAACGAGACGAAUUUCACAAAAACCAAAAUCCUAGGCAACUAAACAAAAUACAUUUCUAUUUGCAACGGUAAGAGACCGAGCUGAGUGUGUGUGAGUGCAUGUGUGCGUGUGUGUUCGUGUAGACGGUUCAAUUAAAUAUUUGUUUGACAACAACUACAACAACAAUAGCAAAUACAACAACAAUAGCACAACAGCUAAAACUAUAUAUACAUCAGCAACGAAAUAACAUUGAACUUAAGCCGAUUGGCAGCUAAUGUGAGCUACAAGUGUACUAUAUAUAGUAUACAUAGCUUUAAUGUAUGUCUGCUAUACAAGUGUAAGCAAAAACUAAUGGUCCACUAACUACAUAUAUCCGACCGGGACACUCCAAAAACAUUCGCAAUACAAUAACCAAUACAACCCAUGUGAACGAACUGCAGUCACAAUGUCGAAGAGACCACGAGGGCAUAUACACAAAAUUCGUGAAUUCGAACUGGAAAAGAUCCAACUGGUGGAUGAAUUCGAUAUCAUUCAAAUUGUGGGCGAGGGCUGGUUUGGCAAAAUACUGCUGGUGGAACAUCGCGGAUCUCAGACUGAAAUGGUGCUCAAGGCAGUUCCCAAACCGUAUGUCACCUUGCGCGACUUCUAUCGCGAGUUUCACUACGGACUCCACCUGGGCGUCCAUCGGCACAUUGUGACCACGUACGACGUGGCCUUUGAGACGGCUGGCUUCUACGUCUUCACCCAGGAGUAUGCACCACUGGGUGAUCUGACUUCAAAUGUGACCGAGACAGGUGUGGGCGAGGUGUACAGCAAGCGCAUUGCUAAACAAUUGGCCUCCGCCAUAGAUUACAUGCAUUCAAAAGACAUUGUGCAUCGCGACAUUAAACUUGAUAAUGUACUCAUAUAUCGCUCGGACUUUCAACGCGUGAAGCUCUGUGAUUUCGGGGAGUCCUAUCAAACUGGUACCGUAGUGGAAAGGCGCAACGAAUGGCUGCCCUACAGUCCCCCAGAAGUAUUAGAAGUCAAGCCCGAAGGCACCUACAAGGCCGAUCCCAGUCACGAUGUCUGGCAGUUCGGCAUCGUUAUAUUCGUCUGCCUGACGGGCUGUCUGCCCUGGCAAAAGGCAUCCUCAGAGGAUCCACGCUAUGUGCGCUAUCUGGUGUGGCAGGGCAGCAUAAUGAUGAUGCCGCUGCGGCGAACACCCAAACUUUUUAAGCUGCUGACAUCACGUGCGCAGCGCAUGUUUAAACGUUUCCUGGAGCCACGCAGCGCGAACAGACCAAAGAGCUUGGGCGAUUUGACCAAGUUCAUGGACGAUCGCUGGCUGGCCAAGACGGCGGAGAAGGAGAUGGCCGAGUAUGAGACAGACGAGCUAUGCCCCUCAAUGUAUUCCUUUCACAGCAGUCCCGACGAGAAGAAUCGCCUGCUCUACACACUGGCUGACUGUGGCAUCGAGACCAAUGUCGAUCGAAUGCAGAAAAAGAAUCGCAUAAAAGACUGGAUAGAGUCGUCCAUUAUCACAGAGGAGGAUGAGGAGGAGAACGAGGAGACCAAUUCGGCAUCACCAUCUUCGUCAGUUUCGCGUGAGCCUGUGCCCGGUCACAUCUCCUCCAUACGCCAGCCCCAGCAGCCGGACAAGCCCAAGGAAAUCAAAAGCACACUGAAAGAUGCCACACAGAAGCACUUCGAUCCACGCACGGGCGCACUGCAGCAGGGACCCAGCGAAAUGGGCAUGGCCAUGCACUCGUCCAAGUCCAUUAACCUAGCCUCGACAUCGACGCUCAACAAUGCGGACAGCAUGCUGACCCUGGGCUCCAGGCAGGACUUGCUGGCCAGCAAUCUGACCAUUUACAACUCUAUGGAAAUGGAGCUGAACCGCCUAGGUAAGGGUCAGCCAGCACUUCUCCAAGUCGACGGCUUUCUAAACCAGUCACAGAGCAGCAGCCUACUAACCUCGCUCGAUGAGCCGCACGUUGUGCACGCCUCCACUCCUGCUAAGAACUCCAUUGGCGUCGGCACCCGAGCGUCCACCAAGAGUAUUCUACAGCGCUCCAAAUCCGACUCGCUGCAAACGGUCAUGUAUGCCAGCAUGCCGGCCAUUGACAACGCCAACUCCUACACCGCUUUUAACAACAAUAACCAGAGCCUGCCGCCCCUGCAGCCGCUGCAGAGCAGCCAGGUGCCCAAUGGCAGCGCCUUCUUCAUGGGGGGCAAUAGCAAUAUUGGUAACAAAACUAAUCAGAGCAAGACGGUGACCUUUACGGGUUUGACUAAUGCCUUCCAAUCGCUUGCGCAACUCCCAGUGCUGUCUAAUCCAGUUGCACCUGCAGCUGUGCCUCCUGCAAUGCAAUCGAAUUAUUUUAAUCGCUUCCACAAUGAUUCUCAAGUCAAAGACAGCGCAUACGGAUCGGCCGACGUGAACGACACUCUGAAACCAAGUUAUCUCCAGGCCAGCAGUAAUCCGCAACGGCAGAUGGUAUACAAUGGGGCACGUGAAUCGAACUCGAAUAUGAAGGACACGGCCUACGACCGUGUGGUGGUCACCAACAGCAACAGCGCGCGAAAGCGAAGAUAGCUUCAGCUACACAUAAAUCCAUACAUUAUAUAUACAAUUUUCAAGUUCCAAUAAAUAUUAAACGUAAAUUUGUUAACACACUCCUGUUUACUCUCUCUCUGGGGCAUAGGUGAUGGCAAUGGUAAUUGAAAGGCGACAUUACGUUCUUAAAAAAUUACGUUUCCUUUAUUACGCGUAAAAAUCCAAAAACCAGCCCCAGGCCACACAAGCAGCCGAAGACUCUGCUGCAGACGAAUCGCCGCUUACUUGAGGGGAAUAAAACGUGAGCUGUGGGUGGCACCAAUACCGGGACGACCGUGCUUAACGGGCUUGUAGGUCAACGCGAAUUCACCCAAGUAGUGGCCAAUCAUUUCUGGCUUAACUUCGACCUGAUUUAAAUGAAAAUUAUUAGAUAUCUGACUCAGUUGGAAAUCUUAAAGCCCUGACUCACCUGGCCGAAGUCUUUGCCGUUGUAAACGCCAAUGAUGGAGCCGGUCAUCUCGGG